GGUAAUAGCACAUGGCACCGCGAGCUUCAUAUCGGUGAAACUUCUGCGCGCGCAGCCACAGGUGGUGUUCAAGCGUGCCACUUAAACAUCUGAAACAACACGGGACAGAGAGGGGGGGGACUACCAGCUCUUCAUUAUCGCUUCAAGGCUCCUAACUUGGCUAACGGGGGGCAGAACGUUUAUUUUUCCUUAGUUUUUGUACAUUUUAGCGGUUUUUGUUUGAGGUGAACUACGUUGACCUGUGGACUCCUGGGUGUUCAGCGUUUUGUCGAGGAGCGCGAGACAUUCAACAGGUGGAGAAGACCCUAAUACUCAACCUGUACUCACCUUAGUUUUGACAAGAGUGUGUGCUAGACGGAUAUCUAAAUGGCCCUGACAGUCAACUUAAUCGGCCCGUCACCAUGGGGCUUCAGGAUAUAUGGAGGGCGAGACUUCAAGAAGGCCAUAACUGUAUCAAAGGUCAAUGGGGGCAGCAAGGCCGAGAAAGCAGCCCUGCAACCUGGUGACAUUAUCUUGGAGAUCAAUGGUGAAAACACAGCCAACAUGCUGAACAUGGAGGCCCAGAACAAGAUCAAGAACUCCCAGACUCAGCUGCAGCUACGCGUGGAGAGACCUGAACUUGCCGCACCUGGACAGACCAACGGCAUCAGCACCCCAGAGCAGCUCUCUGCAUGCAUCCAGGAGGCAGUAAUUGUGAGUCGUGAUGAGAAUCAAAACUACAGAGAGUACAUCUCCAGCCCUGCAUCGCUGUCUCCUGGACCCUACUCUCCAAAUCCUCCUGCCAGCCCUGAUGGGAAGAGAGACAGACUGACACCGACCAACAAGAGCGUCCAGCUGCGCUCCUGGUCUCCAGAGGAGAAGAGUAACAGACUGUCCAGACCGCUGUCACAGGAGUUCUCUCCUUCAGACUACAGGAGUAACUCUGUGUCCAGUAGAACUCCGACCCCACCGGGACGCUACUCACCUCACAGCCCCACUGACAAGGACGUGCCCAUGUCCCCCCGUCGCAGCUCAAGCUCUGACUUUGCCAUGCAGAAGUUUGACAGAGAUUCAGAGGUGUAUAAGAUGAUCCAGGAGAACAAGGAGUCCCGCACGCCACCUCGUCAGUCCAACACCUUUACAAAGCUGCAAGAGGUCCUGGAGGCUGAUGAGAAAGAGGCAGCUCUGCGGUUCCCAGGGAAACUUUCGCCCCACGCCCCUGUAACGAGCACGGCGGUGGCAGGAGUCAAGAAACACCACACAUGUGAGAAGUGUGGCACCAGCAUUGUCACGCUGGCCGUGCGCAUCACAGACGACCACUAUCGCCACGCAGAGUGCUACACCUGCUCAGACUGCGGCCUUAACCUGCGGAUGAGAGGUCACUUUUGGUUCAGAGAUGAGAUGUACUGUGAGAAGCACGCCAACCAGAGGCACCAAAACCAAGGCAAUCCCCCUCAAGCCACCUUGUCUCCCCGCUAUUGAGUCUGCUUUCCACCACCACUGCCUGCUUGCUCUGAACCCCGAAGCUCCACCUCUCCUGACUCAGUUACAGACCUUUUAAAGGAGCGUGGAGAUGGACACUGGUCAUCAUCACAGCACAGGAUAUUCUUUUUGACUCUCACAUUCAAACAUAUUCUGCAAUAUAAUGGUUCACUUUCUUGCCUUUCUUACAUUUCUAUGAGAAUUGGAGCUUCCAUGGUCUCUUUAGGUUUACUUUAGCUCUAGUGAUGCACAGCUGCUGUGGACUUGAGCCACAUCACAUUAAACUAAGGCCAGUUUAACAAACUUCAAUGCUUUAAUCAAAGAGGAGCGGCUCUGACUCUUUGAGGAUCCGGACAAUCAGAAGCUGACACAAAGGGACCAAAAUCUCACCUACACUGCAUGCCAACAUAGAGAUGUACUGUAUUCAGACAGUGCUGUGAGUGUGUGAAGAAGUGUGGUGGCUUCUGCAUGUGUGUGUGACUGUGUGUGCAUGAGAGAGAGAGAGAGAGAGAGAGAGAGAGAGGUGAGGAGGAGAGGUCUUGAGUUGUUACAGACACAGAGCAGUUUGUGAUUUCGCUAGAGUCAGGCCAAAUGCCCUCGAGUUUUUCUAUAUUUUUCUUUUGUAAGCAGAAUUUAAGAUUAGAAAUGAUGAAAAAAACUGACUUGUUUUGCUGUUUUGUUUAUGAGGGACUAUAGAUUCGAACAAUAUACAAAUAUUUUUGAUGUUUUUGUGAUUGAACUGUAUUCUAUAAUAUAGACCAUUUAAUGCAUAUUGUAUGCACAUGGCAUUUAGUGUGAGAAGAAUUGAUGAUGAUACUACACCUGUCCAGUAACAGCAGUACUCAGAGAUACACUAUAAUGUUUCUAUUUCAUGUGGCACUUAAUAAAAUCGCACAACCUGAA